AUUUGAUUUGGUCCACUGAUAACUUUAGUGGCGAAAACAUUUCAACUAACAUACUGAUUCCUCCCUUCCUCCAACAUUCUGGCUCCCUCUUUCAGUGGUACCACCACUACAUUGCAUCAUCCCCGGCCAGAUAUGGAACUUCCCAGCGGGAAUGGAGAGCAAUUUUACCAAUAUAUCAUCGUGAUGCGCCAUGGUGACCGCCUCGACAACGUUGAUCCGCUUUGGGUUACAAAGGCGGAACGGCCCUGGGACCCUCCGCUCCACAAGGACGGCAAGGCCCGGGCAUUCGCGGUUGGAAGCAGGCUCCGCCAAGAUCUUGGGCCUCCUAUCCACCGGGUCUUCGUUUCCCCCUUUCUUCGUUGCCUUCAGACCGCCUCUGAGGUAAUCCGAGCUCUCUCCAUCACAUCCGGUUCCAGCACUGAUCCCAAUGGUGUCUCUUCAGAUGCGGUCGCUGCAGAUCAUUCCGAAAUCAAGGCUUCCGUUGAAAUGGGGUUAUGUGAAAUGUUGAACACACAAGCCAUAAGAGCUAAUGUGGCACCAAAGGAUGGGGAUUUUAAGUUCAACAUCUCGGAAUGUGAAGCUCAGUUGCCAAGUGGAACUAUAGAUCAAAAUGCAAAAAACAUCUACAAGAAGCUACCGGAUUGGGAAGAGCCCGUGGCAGCUGCAAGGGUUCGGUAUAUGGAGGUUGCUAAGGCACUCGCUGAUAAAUACCUAUCUGAAAACUUGUUGCUUGUGACGCAUGGGGAAGGAGUAGGCUCUGUGUAUGCAGCCGUGACAGGAGCUACUGUGUAUGAGGUAGACUAUUGUGGAUUUACAAUCUUAAGAAGGCGUAUAAUUUCUGGUAAAGACCAGCCAUUUAAUGCGGGAGAGCUUACAAACCAGAUUGAAUUUGGCAUGAAGUUUUUGGCUGCGACAAUCAAUAAUGAUCCUUCUCUAACAUGAUUGGCCUUUCUUGAUUGUUCAUUCAAUCAAUGAUCCCCACGCUAAAGUUGUGGGGUUAUUCGUCAAACUUUGCCUUAGUGAUUGACUGGUUGCUCACACUGAAUAAGAUUAUUUUUGACAUGAUUUUUGGAAAAAUAUUGUUCAUAUAGAAAGUUUGAUUGUAUAUGUUGUUAGAUACUACGUAUUACGUUAACUGAAUUACCAAUUCUGCUAAAAUGGUUGAAUUGUUGAAAUGAUGACUAAUGAGACUGAAUUGA